CUCCUCAAAUCUAUGCAGGCUUCUUUUGAUCAGCUUCUCCACAAGAAACAAGAUUUUUGGAUUUUUUUGCGAGCACCGGUGUCAUCUCGACCAAAGAAGAAACCAACAAUGUCCAGCUUCAUGAAGGUCUUUCUGCUCCUGGCUGUCAUGGUCUGCAUGUCUAAACAACAAGAACAAAGACGGGGUCAUCAUCAGUCAGAAAGCUGUCUGUGUCAACGUGUCAGGAAUGGAAUUGGCUCAAAGACUGACAUAAAGGACAUCCAGAUCUACCCAGCAACCAUCUUCUGUAGCAAAGUGGAGAUUGUUGUCACCAUCAACAGCGGCCUUCGCUACUGCGUGAACCCCAGGCUGAAGGCAGUGCAAAAACUCAUGGCUUCCAUCAUGAAACAAAAAACCUCCACUACAGCCAGACCAACUGAGACCACUUCCACCCCACAUUGAAACAAAAAUCUGUUGUAUCAACAUGCAAAUAAAUAAACAUCAGUUGUACAUA